AUGCCAAAAUUUAUUGGUGAUGAACUUGAAAUUAGGAUUGAUCUGGAAUUAGAAGGUGAACAACAAGUACAUGUUCUUGUUUUUCAUGAUGAAACAACUUUUCAAUCAAAUGAUAAACAAAAAUCAGGUUGGAGACCUAAAAAUGAACAACUUUUACAAAAGAAAAAUAAAGAAGAGGUUGAUGAUAAAAUUUCAAAUGAAACUUGUUUUAUGAUUAAUCCUGAAAAAAAUUUUGAUAGAUGGUGGAAUAUUGACCAAUUAAUAGAUCAGCUAUACCAAAUUUUGAAAAAAUACAUUCAGGCAUGA